AUGGAUUCAAGCUACAGCGAUUUCCAGUUCCCUCCUAGUUGCCUGGAACCAGGCAAAUAUUCGGCAGCCCCUCAUGACAGAAAUAUGGGAGUGAUUCCAUUGUAUGGUCAGGCCCAAGGCUUGCUGCCAGCUGCGGAAAAGCCUGGAGAGAGCACAAAGCUAUCAAAGACCGCCGUAGUCUCAGCAUUAGAAGCGGUGAUGAAACAGCAAGUGACUGAACUAGAGAAACAACUUUCUCAGUGCCCCAGCCAGCGUGAUCUCAUGGAGGUUGUUGCUCACCAGAACAUCACGAUUCAAUCCAUACAUGACUCGUGUAAGAAGCACCUCACAGAAAUGCGACAAGAUUUUGAAAUGAAGUUAGCAGAUGCAUUACAGACAGUCAAAAGAGGGCAUGAUGAUAAGGAAUCUAGUGACGAAGAUGAUGAAGAAGAAAAAGACAAGGAUGAAGCAAGGAUGGAGGCAAGUCUUGAAGCCGUCAUACGUCACACAUUUUCACACAUGCUCAGUACUGUGAAAUUGACGACCAAAGAUCUGCCAUGGUGGCCCAAAGACGGUGAGCAAUGGCCUGUAGAUGGUGCAACCAAUGAAAAGCUCCUCCGAUUCCGCUGGGGGGAAAGUAACACACACGACGAUAACUAUCGAGGUCUCCAGACGGUCUUCAGAUACAUUUGUGCAAAGGGUGCCGAAUUCAGCCCUGGAUCUGCAAGGGCAUUGCAUGCAAUCAGUGACAAAGACUUACUUGAUCGUGUGCACACCAAGUACCAAGAUCUGCAGAAAGCAUUAUGGGCAGCCAAGAUGUUGACGCCCUCUCGUUGGCUGAGGUAUGAGGGUUCACAGAAAUGUGAGGUUUGCGAGCAGAAAUUUGGUGCACUACCCACCAAGUCAGAAUUCAAGACUGAUGCCUUCAAGACUGCCCUUAUCUCACAGCUCAUGUCAGAAGAUGAGGAUGAGACAAAUGAAGAAGGACGUCUUAGAAGAUAUGUCUCUCGUCCUUGGGUAUGGGCAAGUAAGCAAAGGAACCAGUUUAUCACUGCUGUUGAUGCUCAACAGGAUCCUCAUCCACCAAAGUGUUACACUAUUUGCACACGAGUUGAACAUCGUGCGAGGAGGUGGAUGGUAUCGCAGGAAUGGCUUGCACAGCCAGAGAACCAAAAGUAUGAUGUACUGGCAUUCAUUGUCGAUAACGGGAAAGCAUGGGGUGAUCCAAAAGAUCCUGAAGAGAGCAUAUCUGCCCAGAAGCAUGUCAAGAACCAAAAGAAAGAAGUUGCUGCAUGUAAGAGAGCAAAAUUAGUAGCUGAUGGGAACAGGAAGCUAGAGAAGGGGAAGAAAAGAGCACAAUCAAAAAAGGACAAGGGGAAAGCAAGAGCAAUCAAUGUUGAUGAGGAGCCAACCGAGCUGAAGAACAUGGUGCCAGCACAGCCUGUUGCAAGUACAUCAAAUGCACAUCAGAUGAUUGAUGACAAUGCUGAUAGCAACUUUGAAGAUUGA